AAAGACCACACGCGUGCCGCGGCCGCGUCAUUUUGUAUCGCGAUGAUCCCGCUACGCCCAGAGCUAUUCGAGUUUGCGGAGCCCCAAUCGGUGUGCCGAUUGAGCUGCACCUGCAAGACCCUGCGCAGCGACGUGCGGGACGCCAAGCCGUGGGGGCUGCUCGCGCGAGCACAGCUGCAGCCGCCGAAACCGCGCGACGAGGCUGACGCGCUCGCGCGCGUCCGGUCGCACGCCCGCCGGCGCUUGCUCGCGAAGGCUGAGCCGUCGACGCGACGCGUCCUCGAGGGCGUGACGCUGCUGGAAGCUCUAUCGCGGCCGGCGCCGGCGCCCGUCGCGUAUACUCCAAAUGAACUAUCUGAUUUCACGUUCUUCCUGCGCUUCACGGACGGCGAGCGUUUGAUUUUCGAGGGUGACUUCGGUGUGAGCCACGUGAGCCACCAAUCUGAUGAAGAGGGACUAGUGUUGCAUCUUUCUCCGCGCCACGCGAACUUGAAAUGGAUGGGCAGGGCUGAUGAGCUGCAGCAAGAGCAUGUCAAAAUUGCCCUGGUCGCGGUUCGAGACCACGACCAGGCGAUGGUCUCACUCAGCCACUUGAACAUAUGCUAUGCUGCCCACGGUCGAGAAAGAAUAUACGGUUUCAGUGUUUUCGGUGUAAUAAGGGGGUUGGCUGCAUCCGCACGGUCUAACUUGCAAUUGGAUGCGCUUCUCUCUGUCACACAAGACGGAUAUGUGAAUGGACUCGAGCUCAGACCAGAGCAUCAUGUUGACACGCACGGAGCGAUGGAGGCCGACGACAUCGGCCCCUGCGAUGAGUCUCUAUUUCAAUACUUGCUCACCUAUCUCGCCGGGAUUCACAACCCCACCGCGCGCGCAUUUGUCUUGGCGAGAAUCGAGAGCUUGCUCGUGGAGGCCGAGCGGGAAAUGGGCUGGGGCGAUUUGCAGAGGCUGGCGGCGGACCUUGCGGAGAUGGAGGAGAAAAUUGGCGAGGGGUACUCGGGCUACGUUUCCCAGGCGAAAGCCCUGCGCGUGGAGCUGGGUAUGGACGUCACCAGUGACGAGGAGUAA